AUGGGUACCGAAAUAGCUAUAUCUUUUAGUACGUUGCGUGAACAACUUGAGAGUGAAAAAAGCAGUUUGUAUAAAAUAGAUGAAAAUAUUAAGAAAAUUGUACAAACAUCCGGACGGUUUACUGAUAGGUUUAAUGCAACUGGAGAUUAUACAAGAGGUGGCAAUCGCGUAGGUGGCCGAAAUUCAUAUCAAGACGUAGCCAAUAAUUAUAAAAACGAUGAUCAAUUAAAACGCAAACACGAAACUAAAACUGUUUUUAGCAGAUUAUCAGCAAGAGUUCAAGAUAGUGAUGGAGAAGAAGAUAAUCCAACAAAAAAGACUCGUAUGUCAUCAGCAGUGUCCAGAGAACUACCAACUAGGGCUGCAGUCCUUCGUGCCCAGGGUGAUGACGAGCAGGCUAGGACUAGGAAUAGAAGAAUAUUUAGUUCUUUACUUGGAACAUUACAAAAGUUUAAGCAAGAGGAAAUUGUGUUACAAACUAAAGAAGAUAAAAAGGCUCAAGUAGAAAGGAAAAUAGAAGAACAAGCAAGAUUGGAAAAAGAAAGGGAACAGAAAGAGCGAAAAACACUAUUCGCAGAGAGAGAACAUAAGAAAGCCACUAUUAAAGCAUUGGAAGCAAAAAUGGCUCGAGUUCAGGAGUUUGAAAAGUGGGAAGCCUCACAGCAGUGCCUCGGCAACUUCAUACUCACAAAAGCAAAGCCGCAUUUGUACUGGAUUCCAAAGAAGAUGUCAGAAAAGGCUGAAGAAAAGCUUGACUCCAGUAGAAAAUUCCAUGAGAAAUGCAUGACAAAGAAGCGAGAAGAGCUACAAGAAGAGUUGCAAAGAAUAGAACAGAGAUGUCUACGAGUCCGGCCAGCCAAAGAGAAUGAACAGGAAAACCAUGGCAGAUGUGCAGACUUGGCCAAUGGCAAUGAGCGAAGGAAGCGGGACAAAUUUGCUAUUGAUGUGGACGAGAAGGAGAGGGAAGAGAGUGAGGGAGAGGAGAGACAUGAUGAACCUAUGGAGGACAACAAAGAAUCUGAAGAAAGUAAGAUGGACACAAUCGACACAAGCACAGAACAGACAGCCGAGGAUAAAACCAAUCAAGCUGAUCCUGACAAUGAACCCUCCGUCAAAGAAAAUGCUGAAGAAAACAAUUUGAAUCAUUCC